GCAUCAUCAGACCAUCUCAGAAAGGAGAGAGGGAUGGCUAUGAUGGCCCACCAAUACCCUGCUUGGAUCUUCAUCAAUGAGAGGACAUUCAUAACCAGGGAACAACUUAAUUAUUUAUUGAAGACUUAUAACAUUUUUUAUGAGAACCAGAAAAAUCUGCAUAUUGUAUAUGCACAGACUGAAGAUGGGAAACCAAUUGUUGAAGGAAUGCUGGACAUUUUCUGGGGAGUAAAACGACCUAUACAGCUGAAAAUACAAGAUGAAAAACAAAUUCCUUCUUUUACUACAAAGUCACUAGACGUCUUUUCCAGCAAGGGAAUGACACGCUGGGGGGAAUUUGAUGAUCUUUACCGUAUUAGUGAGCUGGAUAGGACCCAGAUUCCAAUGUCUGAACCAAGGAAUUUCCAGGAAGACUAUUUAUCUUAUCACAGCAACACUCUGAAGCCACACCCAGAUGAAGAGCCAGAAUCCCCAUUGCUCUAUAGAACCAUGAGUGAAGCAGCCCUGGUGAGAAGAAGGAUAAAGCCUCCAAGGAUGGACAGAAGAGAGAAACAGAACAACAGAGCUUCCAUUAAUGGACAUUUCUAUAAUCAUGAAACAUCAAUUUUCAUUCCAACCUUUGGAUCAGAAACUAAGGUCAGAAUAAACAGUGACAUGAGAACUGAAGAAGUAAUAAAGCAACUUCUCCAAAAAUUUAAGAUUGAAAAUAGUCCCCAGGAUUUUGCUCUUUACAUUAUUUUUUCAACAGGAGAACAGAGACGGCUAAAGACGACAGACAUCCCACUCCUGCAGAGGCUCUUACAGGGACCUUCCGAAAACAACGCUCGCAUUUUCCUCAUGGAUAAAGAUGCAGAAGAAAUAAGCAGUGAUGUGGCUCAGUACAUUAACUUUCACUUUUCUCUCCUGGAAUCCAUUCUUCAAAGAUUAAAUGAAGAGGAGAAAAGAGAGAUUCAAAGAAUAGUAACAAAAUUCAAUACAGAAAAGGCUAUUAUACUGAAAUGUCUUCAAAGUAAACAGGUAGUAAAAACAGAGACGACAGUUUAGCAGUACAGGCCACUAUUGCUAAAACACUUCAACAAAGUUAGAGAGAUGUUGCAAUUUGAUGAAUGCAUAAAUUCUGUACUUGCGUUCAUACAAAUACAUAUACCUUAAUUCUUUAGAAAACUGAAAGUUAACAAAACUUGUUUCUCUUUGAAGAUAUAAGGUUAACUAGGGUUCACAGUUGGACUAAAAUGAGCUUGAAUUUAGUUUCAGUAACUGAAAUAAGCUUGGAUACUGUGUAUUCCACAUAUCUUUUAAACUAACACAUGUAAUGACCUUGAAUUUAAAUAGUGUUUUCAAAUGUGCAGCUUGACUUACUUUAGCUUGAACUCUCAAGAGAACUGAAGUAUCAUCAACCAACUUAGAAAUGAAUCA